AGAAUAAGAGAACUGGAUGGUGUGACAACCUGGACUGGGGAACUAGGGGUAGGAAAGAUUGUUUGAGACUUAAGAAGAGCGCUAUUGAAUCAGACCCCGAGGCCCAUCUAGCCUAGCGUUCCUUCUCACAGUGGCCAAGCAGCUGUAGAUGGGAAGCCCAAACCAGGACGUCAUCUUUGGACCCAUGUUCUCUGGGAAAAGUACUGAACUUAUGCGCCGGGUCCGUCGGUUCCAAAUUGCACAGUACAAAUGUCUGCUGAUCAACUAUGCCAAGGACACACGCUACUGCGUCAAUGGAGUCUCCACACAUGACAGGAACACCAUGGAGGCAUUGUCAGCUUGUUGUCUCAAGGAUGUGCAUCAAGAGGCCCUCGGCUCUGCUGUGAUUGGCAUUGAUGAAGGCCAGUUUUUUCCAGAUACUGUAGAGUUCUGUGAGGCAAUGGCCAAUGCAGGGAAGACUGUCAUAGUGGCAGCUCUUGAUGGGACCUUCCAGAGAAAGGCCUUUGGGAACAUCUUGCAGCUGGUCCCUCUGGCAGAGAGUGUGGUGAAGCUAAAUGCUGUCUGCAUGGAAUGUUAUCGUGAAGCCUCCUAUACAAAAAGGCUCGGAGCAGAGAAAGAGGUGGAAGUGAUAGGAGGAGCAGACAAGUACCAUUCGGUCUGCCGCGUCUGCUACUUCAAAAAACGACAACAGCAGCCAGCAACUGACAACAAGGAGAACCUACCAGGAGGAAAUAAACAGCUGGAUAUUACUGCUUCCCGAAAGGCUUUGGCUGCUCGUCAAAUCAUGCAUUGGAGCCCAUCACACUGAAAAGGAAGAACCCUUUUCUUGGUUGGAAAUAAUGGUCCUGUCCUUUAUUCCAGCUGUUAUACUGUUAUAAGUUGUGCAACUCAGAGGACAAUACUAGUGAAGGCACUAGAAUGAACUGCUUUUAAAGGGGAGAAGGCGGCUGGGGCAUGUUGCAAAAGGCUAUAGCUUUAGGUGUUCUGUGCUAAAAAGCUGCCAGCUAACCUCUUAUCUAACUUCCUCUCUAUGAGGAAGAGUUCCUAACAUCAUGUAGAAUCAGUUUCUUCUGGGGCCCACUAAAUUCAUUAGUAGAACCUGUUUCCUAGUGGAACUAAAACAUAUGUACCAUAAAGUGUUUUCCUAGUGUUUCAGCAAACACUGGUGUCCUUGUUGAACCCAGUUUAUAGUCUUUUUCUUAAUCUUUCCCCCCUUCCUCAGCAUAGAAUGUUACUUGACAAUGGAACAUGAUGUUCAACUCUAACAAGGUAGACUAGACCGCCUGAACAAGAUAAUAUUUCACUUGAUUCUAUGUGUAUUGCACUGAUUCAAUAUCCAGUAACAUCUUGGGUAUAUAGUAUAGUUUUGCCUGUUCUGUGAGGCUUUCUAGUAAAACUAUUACUAGGACUGAAGAAAUUAUGGGGCCUCUGCUUUUCUGUAGAAGGGUUUGACUGAUUUAAUAUGUGUCUAGAUGUAGACCAUAAGCACUUCUUAAGUACUAUGCUGCUUUGGCUGUAAAAUUUUGCAUUUAUGUCAAGCCUUUACUUUCCUAAUUUAUUCUGGAAAAUAGUGAAUGUCUUGGUUAGCCUUAUCCUGAGUUUUUUACAUCAUUUUGGGAGGGUUCAGAACUAUUUUUCUUUAAAGGCUACACAUUUUCAGACUGCAGGAGCCACAUCUAGCUCUCAAUCCACUCAAUCAGAAGUGUUGAUUACUUGCUUUUGCUUGGAAGCUCUUAAGUUGUUGUAGAGUAGCUACUGAAACUGCCAAUACCUCUUUUUCCAAUAGCACAGAUACUCUUCAUGUUAAGAGUUGCAAUAGGAGAUACAGAAUUAGCUGACUUGAGUGCUUGGCUGGCCAAAACCCAAAACAGCAGGAGGUAGGAAGUCUAGCCUAAAAAUAGUAGCUGAGAUAAAAAGGUUUAUAUUGCGAUAUUUCUAUAGCUGCCAAGAGUUUAUGCCACUGCUUCCCUAGAGCCAGACAUCAUGUUCUGCCCCGGAUACUUCCUUAUCAAAGAACUUGGCUCAUACAGAGACAUCUCCACCUGAAGUCAUGGGGACAGCGUAUAAUAACUAUCACACAUUCUAAGUGGUGGGAGUGAUGAGGUUUAUUUCUGCCAUGAUAUAGAUUUAAAACACUUUGAGAUCCUCACACAGCUUCCCCAUGUGGUCUUGUAUCCUGUUUUUUCCUCACAACAGGUAUAGGUGAAAAACAGCAACCUAUGAAGAUACAGCUUUCCCUGAAAGGCUUGUUACCUGCCCAAGAAAGGUUGGCAAUGUAAGCUUUGUGCAAGUGGGUUUCCCACCCAACAGAGGAUUAGGGAGUGGUACCAUGCCCUUGGCAAUACUUUUUUUUUGCCAGCAUCAGUACUUGCAGACCACUAUUGGUAUAUCUUAUGUGAAUAGGAUCGAAGUUCCUCCCAUUUAGAACCAGGAUUGAAUUGGGGGAGAGAAACAGAAAAGGCACACAGGAAAACCCAUCUUCUCUCAGUAACACAAUAAGCAAGUUUAACACAUUAUAUACACAUUUUCAAAGAAAGGAGAUGGUCUUUAGGCCUAGGCUUUGGCAUCAGGUCCAUCCAGCAGCAGCUGAAAAGCAAUAAAGAAGGCACUGCACCUGCGUUACCCAAUCUAGAAAGGCAGCACCAUAGGAGCCAUGGGAACUAAGCCCCAUUCAGGGCCUGGAGCACAGCAAAAAUGAGUAAAGGAUACCAUGGCACCUGGCAAAAAGUACUUGACCUCCAGCAGCAAGGGUCCCAUAGUAGAAAGCAAAGUAACAUUUGCCUCACUGCUGGGCAAAACUCUGGCUCCUGUUAGAGCCAGUGAUAGCUGAAACAUUAUUCACCUCCUAACAAAGAAUUCCUCUGCAUGGAUUCAGCAACUAUUAUGCCUUACAAUUCACACAGGCCAGAAAGAAAGCCU